CAAUUAAUCAUGAUAAAACUAACAAUUACCUACUUUUAAAACUAAUAACUUAUUCCAUACGACACAAGGGACUUGCACGAUUUCUUCUUUACUAUUACCUCACGUUUUACCUAUAUUUACAUAAUGUUUUUUAGUAUUCCUCACAUUAUUAUUAUUAUCGGAACAUUCAAACACUACUGCUGUACUAUUAGAUUCUAUUCCAACAGCAUUGGAAUCAAUUUCCGAUGCGUCUUAUCGAUAGGUUGGUGGAAUUUUGCAAUCGUUGUUUUAUUGGUUAGCCAAGUCACCAUAGCGACUGCACCACGUGUCAGGGGGGUUGCUCUAUACUGACGAAAAACGAACGAAUGAGAGCAGUCGAACAAUCCGCACGUUUUAUAUGAGAUAGAGUCGUGGCUCGCAGCAGUGCUUCGAAAAAUAAUUUUUCGUUGUAUAGAGUGACCCCCCAGCCACUGCGUGAGCUGCACAACCUUCGAUAAGGAGUUUAACUAUUACGUACAGAAUGUCGACAAACGAAAUCCGACUUACAACGAUGCUGAUUAAACCGAAAAUGGAACGGUAAGGUCCGUUGCUUUCUCUGUCGUCAACGGAAUUUCGUGUACUGUGAUUUUUAAUGCUUAGCACGAAUUAAUUUAUGCCUUCAGUUUUCUAUGUAUAUAGGUAUUACUUACAUGUUUAGUUUUAACGAACCCAGACCGAAACAGUGGCAUUAAUGUUAACAGGCAGUUGUGACUAAUUAAUUAUUUAAUCAUUUUAAAAUUUCACGCUUCCAUUUGAGGACUUCACGAUUUGGAGCAUGUCUUAUUCGUGGUUCAUCGACUUCAUAUUGAUUGUUUAUACAACUGUACGUUUUAUACGAAUAUUCCAUCAUAUCAUAUCAAUUUCUCAAAGUUUUUAAACAUUGCCAAUCAAUUGAUAUGGUAAUGUCAUUCAAUAUUAUUUCGCUCUUAUUCGAGCAGCAAACAAUCCAUUUGGACGUUCACCUCCGUUUGUUUAUUUAUUCUCAUUUCAAUAGUAUUAUUAAUUAUUUAGCUGCUUAUUCAGCUGUGUCACACAUAACAAUGCAGACUCGAAGCAAAAACAAAACGCAGAAAACACCGAGCUCAUCUAAAAACGUUCAAUCGCAACGCAUCGCGUCCUCCAGUUAAUUGCAAUUCGAAAACGGCGUGCAAGCUGAAUGGUUUUGUCUGAAAACCGCCGGCCUCCGGUGGUGGGUUUUUUGACGUCGUCGGGUGCGCUAGACGAGCGCCAGUGCGCACGCGCGCCGUGACGUUGCAACAUUCACGAGGCCCGUACCCUGUGAGACGCGGUACAGACAGCCCCGCGCCCCUCCCCCCGCCCCGGCGUCGCCAGUUGCCUCGCAGCAUUCGCGCGCUCCGGUCGCAUGCCCCAUGCGACUCCGCUCCCCUCCCCCCAUAAUAUGGAUAUACAGCACCUCCGCGCUCUUUUCAACAUCAAGUUCGAAUAUUUGUGGUUCUGCGAAGUUUCUGACAAGCACAAGUGGAUUAUAUUGUGAAGUGUCGCCUGUGAAAUCGUUUGUGAAGCUAAAACAACUAUGCGAUCCCCAUGCAAAUAGUGUGUUAUUUACAUAGAAAACAAUCAUGUUAAUAAUGGAACGUUACAAGACGAGAACAUUGCAUUUCCGAUGGUGUGCUUCCACGUGACUGAAAAAUCUAGUGUUAGAAGAAUAAAAGUCUGAUCGUUAGACUGGUCGUUAAGUGUUUAUUUAUAUUAUUAGUUUUUUUACGUAGUUUUUGUAAAGUGGACUAGUGGUGGUGUGUGGUGUGAGUAUGCUGAUCAAUACGUUUUUGGACACGGAAGACUUCGUGCAUCUUUAUUAUCCUGAGGAUGAGCCGGCGGCCGCGCAGGGCUGCGGCGCUGGCGCGCGUAUGCACUCCAAGUAUCCGCCGCGACCGCCGUCCCCGCUCUACGACAAGAUAACGUCAUCAUCGAGCGACAUGUGCGAGCGAGAGCGCGCUAGGGCGCCGCCGCCGCCGGAGCCGCCGCCGCACCGGGUGCGCGCCGCUGACCUGUACCCCCGGCUGCGGACGCACUACGACGAGCCAGGACUAGAUGUGCCGUUCACGCCGAUCUGCGGGGAGUUUGUGCAGUGGGUCGGCCGAACGGCUGACGGCGGCGCGCUGGCAAUGUCGAACUACCGAGUGCACUCGCAGCCGCGGCGGCGCGGGGGCGGCGCCUCGCUGCCCCUCCGCCUGCUGGACUCCGUGGAGGUGCGGGACUUGUUGCAUCUGGUGCUGCUGUGUAAAGAUGGGCGGACUGUCAAGUGUACAUUCUCAACGGGCGAGCAAUGCCUGGAGUGGUGGCGCCGCCUCACCACGACCUUGGCUCCAGUCAGCUCCCUGCAGGAGACCUUCGCGGCAGGCUACGCGGCGUGGGCCAAGGAGCAGCCGCCCGCGUCCGUCCAUAGAGCCCUGGUGCGACACUCACAGCAGAGGCACUGGUUCGCUCCUGAGUUGGAGCGACUAGGGUUCACGGCAAAAGGCUCGUGGCGGGUGACGGCUGUGAACUCUGACUUCAAGCUGUGCCCUUCGUACCCGCCGCUCCUCAUAGUUCCAGCGUGCAUCGGAGACGAGGACAUGGACUCUGUAGCGAGAUUCCGCGCGAUGCGUCGCGUGCCCGCCGUCGUGUGGCGCCACCGGGGCAACGGCGCGGUCAUCGCGCGCUCCUCGCAGCCCGAGGUGGGCUGGCUCGGCUGGAGGUCUAGUGAAGAUGAGCGGUUGCUGGCUGCCUUCGUGACGGCCUGUACUAGCGAUCGCCCGCACCACUCUAGCAAGCAAACCAACAAGCUGUUAAUAGUAGACGCGCGGUCCUACGCCUCAGCCGUCACAAACCGCGCCCGCGGCGGCGGCUGCGAGUGUCAGCAAUACUACCCGGCGGCUGACAUACAGUUCAUGUGCCUACCCAACAUACACCAUGUGAGACGGAGCUUCCAACAGCUGAGAGCGUUGGUGGCCGAGCCCGCCGAUCAGGCCAAUUGGCACAGCAACCUCGAGCGAACACUCUGGCUGCAAUACAUCUCCGGUCUAGGCCGGGCGGCCGGACUCGUCGCCCGGGCAGUUCUAAACGGACGUCCGGUUCUGGUCCACUGUUCGGAUGGAUGGGACCGGACGCCGCAGAUCGUGGCGGCCGCGCAGUUGCAUCUGGACCCGUAUUACAGGACUUGCGAGGGUUUCCGAGUGCUAAUCGAACGCGAAUGGCUGGACUUUGGCCACAAAUUCGCCGACCGAUGCGGCCACCAGUUCGGCCCUGAGGAGCCCAACGAGAGGUCUCCCAUCUUCCUCCAGUGGCUGGACUUAGUACAUCAGUGUAUGCUGCAGUACCCCACUAGCUUCCAGUUCUCCGAGGCUUAUUUGAUCAAACUGCUAACGCACGUCCACUCGUGCAUGUUCGGCACAUUCCUGUGCAACUCCCCUCGAGAGCGAGCCGAGGCGAGAGUGAGCGAGACAACAGCACAUGUGUGGCGGCUGCUAGAGGGAGCUGCCUAUAGGAACCACCUGUACUGCCCGCCCAGCGGCGAACAGGUGCUAUGGCCGGACUACAGUGUGCGUUCCCUCCGCGUGUGGGCGUCCGUGUUCGCCGGCGCCCACCACGAGGCGGAGCCCGAGCCGCCCGCGCCGCCCGCCCCGCCCGCCGGUCCCAUGACAAAAACGCGAUCCUGUGAUAACCUACUGAACGAAGGAGAGAAAAGGACUGCGCAGCGACGGUGUAGUGACCCGAAUAUAGCCGCUGAUGUUAUGAAACUAUCAAGUAUACUACCGCACUCGCCGGCGAUUCCUCGACGGGUCGAGAGCCAGCUCGAGUCUCUGCGGAUCUCGCCGCCCGAGCGCGACCAGUCGCCCGACCAGCCCGAAGACAGGUCCGGCGAUCAGGUGGACGGCCUCCACCCGAACCACUUCGAGAACGGCUCCUCAUCAUCACCGUCGUCGAUGACGGCGCGCGACCUGGCCAGCACCUCGUCGUCUCUGGAGCGCGAGCUGGUGGCCGCCGCGCCGCCGCCGCCGCUCUUCGACGACGCCUACACUGACGUCAUGGAGGCGGCGCGCGAGGCGGGGCGCUCCCGGCACAUCAGCAUCACGUGGCGGUCGGUCUCGGAGUCUUCACACAAUACGGACUCUUCGGAUAUCGACACGCAUCGGAUGAACAACAACCACAACUCAAUAGACGGCGAUCUAGCCAAUCACAACGUAGUGGACAUGACGGCGACGCUGACCAAUCACAACAGGAUAGAGCGGACGGCCGUGAACGGGGAUCUCACAAAUGGUGACAGGUUGGAUGCGGCAGCCGCCAAGUUGCUGACGGCUGAGUUGGGCGGCGUAACCUCAAGCAGCAUCAGCUCCGAGAGCGAGGGCGAGGGCUGCUCGGUGCGCCCGCGCCGCGCGCGGCCCCCCUCCCGCGCGCGCGGGGGCUCCCAGCAGACGCUGUGCGGGGGCUCCCCCCGCGCGGGCCCCCCGCGCCGCUGCCCCCCGAGCAAUACUAGUGGCAUAGAAACCUCAGGCGACUCCCUAGCCGGAUCCGAACACUGCUACUGCGCGGCGGCUCGAGCCACCUGCGUCUGCGGCGGCAGCGGGAGAGACCACGCCGCGCGGGACCCGCUGGACGGCCUGCCGCCCGCCAGCGAGCCGCUGCAGGCGCGCCUGCACCAGAUCAUACUGCACCAGCGGAUGGUAGUACAAGAGCUUAGUGCGCAGCUAGCGUCGGCGCGAGCCAUGCUCAGCCAACGAGUGAGCUCGCCGCCCGCGCCGCCGCCGCCGCCGCCGCAGCCGCAGACUCCGCAGAUGACGAGCAGCGGCAGCGCCUCCACCAGCGGCAGCGGCAGCGAGGUGGAAGUGGGCGUGGAGGCGCGCGGCGUGGCCUGGCUGCCGGACUCCGCCGCGCCGCGCUGCCAGCACUGCCGCAGCCACUUCUGGCUGGCGAGGAGGCGGCACCACUGUAGGUACGUGGGAAAGUGCGGCGGAAUAUUCUGCGGCUCGUGCUCCGAGAUGUCUUCUAUCGGCGAGUGGGCCGCGGUCCGAGUGUGCCGCCGCUGCCGCGCGCUGCGGUGAC